AUGAGUUUUGGAGCUUCCACUGAAAUUUCCCACUAUCUUGCAGUAGCAUCGGUUAAACCUAAUUCUCGCUGCUGUCAAUGCGCCACCGGAAUCAGCUACAGUUUGCACAAUGCAAUUGGCGGUUACAACGGCGUAUUGUCGAAGAUGAAGUUGAAGAGGAACGAUAACAGAGUUGUUUCUGUUAGUGCUGACGGAAGUGGUAAAGGACUUACGUAUAAAGACGCCGGUGUUGACAUUGAUGCCGGUUCUGAACUUGUCCGGAGAAUAGCUAAGAUGGCGCCUGGGAUUGGAGGCUUCGGUGGUUUAUUCCCCCUUGGUGAUUCAUAUCUCGUUGCUGGUACUGAUGGUGUGGGGACGAAGUUGAUGCUUGCUUUUGAAACCGGCAUUCAUGACACUAUUGGGAUUGAUCUGGUUGCAAUGAGUGUCAAUGACAUUGUUACUUCAGGGGCAAAGCCUUUGUUUUUCCUUGAUUACUUCGCUACAGGCCACCUUGAUGUAGAUGUUGCUGAGCAGGUUAUAAAAGGAAUUGUCAAUGGUUGUAAGCAAUCUGAUUGUGCUCUUCUAGGUGGAGAGACUGCAGAGAUGCCUGGUCUAUAUAAAGAAGGCGAGUAUGAUCUCAGCGGUUGUGCUGUUGGCAUUGUAAAGAAGGAGGAUGUAAUCAAUGGGAAGAACAUUGCCGUUGGUGACAUUAUUAUUGGUUUGCCAUCCAGUGGAGUUCAUUCCAAUGGCUUCUCACUUGUAAGAAGAGUGCUUGCUCAAAGUGGGCUUCAAUUGAAAGAUAAACUUCCCGGCAGUGACAUUACAAUUGCUGAAGCUUUGAUGUCUCCGACUACUAUCUAUGUCAAACAGGUGCUUGACAUAAUCAGCAAGGGAGGGGUAAAGGGAAUUGCCCACAUCACUGGUGGUGGUUUUACAGAUAACAUACCUCGAGUUUUUCCUGAAGGCCUCGGCGCUCUUAUACAUGAAAACUCAUGGGAUAUACCGGCAGUGUUCAAAUGGCUUCAGGAGGCUGGGAAGAUUGAAGAUUCUGAGAUGAUGCGAACUUUUAAUAUGGGCAUCGGGAUGGUCCUUGUAGUUAGUCCAGAGGCAGCGAAUGAAAUUCUCGAAAACAGAGUUGAAACCAGUAAAGCCUACCGCAUUGGUGAAGUUAUAAGUGGAAAUGGUGUAACCUAUAGUUAA